UUCAACCUUGCUUAAUUCAGUCAAUAUUGAAGUUAUUCAAACGUAUGGAGGGUCUUUCUCGAGAUAAGAGGCUAGCACUUGCCUGCGAGACCUUCAAUCGCGGUCAAUUUACUACUAAAAAGGCGUGCGCUGAGGCAUUUGAUGUCAAGAUAAGCACUCUAAAAUGUGUAUAAAGGUACAGGAAUGGCAAUGCAAAAUACUGUACUGCUUCAACAGGAAUUAAAUCAACUUCGUGCAGUGGAUCAGUAUAAAAAGAAUAAGAAGAAGGCUUCAAAACGCUUCUUACAAGAAGGAGGCAUAUUAGAUGGCUCUACUGCACGUCAUAUUACUCAAAAAAAGGAUGUUGAAGCUAUACAAAUAACAAAAAGUAUUCAACAUCGGCCACCACGCUGCAGUAAUUAUAAUAGGGAAGGCCAUAAUCGCCUCAAAUGUCCUGAUAAAGUCAACACCUAGUUUCUUUGUAUAUAAUUCAUUUAAUUAGUGUUGAAUUGCUUCAAUUUGAAUCGAUUAUUGCAUUUUAGUAGGCAGAGCG